CGGUAGGCCCCGCCCCCGCGGCGCCCACGUGCAGCGGCUGGGCCAGGGGCCUCCAGGGGACCGUCUGGCCCCCAGAGCGCCUUGCUACGAGCGGGGAUAGUAACCAGCACCGGGCUGGAAGCUGAGCUCAAAGACGCCAAUGAGCCGGCGUGGGUGGAUGAGAGAAGCGGGCAAGAAGCAGCACCCGUCAGCCUAAGGGUUCACUCCAGGGCCGGCCCUGCAGCCAGCGCCCUUACCUGCCCCUGGAGAUUCCGAGACCACUCGGAGCCGGGCGGCUGGCUGCGGGAGCAAGGGCUGCGGCUCCGAGGCGCCUUUCAGAGGGGCGGGGCCAAGGGCUGGGCGUUCCCGCGGGCGGGGCGUUCCCGCGGGCGGGGCGUCCCGGGGGCGGGUCGGGCUCCUGUGUUUGUUGCACCGUGUCAGUUACUUUGUAACAAAAGUGGUGCAGCCUCUGCUCCUGCCGGCUCCCUAGGCCGGCCCGCCGCCAGCUGUCGCCGACAUGGAACCCGUGGCCAGCAACAUCCAGGUCCUGCUGCAGGCGGCCGAGUUCCUGGAGCGCCGUGAGAGAGAGGCCGAGCAUGGUUAUGCGUCCCUGUGCCCGCACCGCAGUCCCGGCCCCAUCUACAGGAGGAAGAAACGACCUCUCCAGGCUCCUGGCGCGCAGGACAGCGGGCGGUCUGUGCACAAUGAACUGGAGAAGCGCAGGAGGGCCCAGUUGAAGCGAUGUCUGGAGCGGCUGAAACAGCAGAUGCCCCUGGGGGCUGACUGUGCUCGAUACACCACGCUGAGCCUGCUACGCCGUGCCAGGAUGCACAUCCAGAAACUGGAGGAGCAGGAGCAGCGGGCCCGGCAGCUCAAGGAGAGGCUGCGCAGCAAGCAGCAGAGCCUGCAGCGGCAGCUGGAGCAGCUCCGGGGGCUGGCAGGGGCAGCCGAGCGAGAACGGCUGCGGGCAGACAGCCUGGACUCCUCAGGCCUCUCCUCCGAGCGGUCAGACUCAGACCAAGGUGAGUGCCCCGAGGCUGAGGGGUUGUGUGGCCCUCGGGGCAAGCCAGGUCUUCUGAUUGGACCCCUCCCUGCGCAGAGGAGCUGGAGGUGGAUGUGGAGAGCCUGGUGUUUGGGGGUGAGGCUGAGCUGCUACGGGGCUUCAUCGCGGGCCAGGAGCACAGCUACUCGCAUGGGAGCGGCGCCUGGCUAUGAUGUUCUUCACCCAGGGCGGGCCUCUGCCCUCUGCUCGUGCCAGGCCCACCUGCCAGGGAGGAGCUCUCCCCAAGCCUUAAGGGCUGUUAGGAGUCACCUGUUGGAAUGGACUAAAAGGACCCCUGUGUGGGAACAGGUGCUCCCCCACACCCUGCUGCUGGCUGCCAGGCAGGCCCUCUGGAAGAGGCGGGACUCAUCAGGACCUCCCCAAACCCCUGCAGGGCAGGCAGCUUGGGCCUGAGCCCAAGCACCUGGCUCUGCUGCCUCCGAGGGGACAGGAAGCCUCUUGGGCCUCUUCCCUUCUUGGACAAGGCCCCCUGGCCUUUGCCUCACAUAACUGUACAGUAUUUUCAUUAAAAGCCUCUUUCAUAA